AUGCAGGCAAUUCGCUCAACUCUGCGCUCUCGCGCCGCUGUCCCCGCCCUCACUGCGCGGUCCUUCAGCUCCUCGCCCGCGCAUUCUCUCGCGCGCCUGACCAUCACUGGACGUCUCGCCGCCGAGCCCGAGCUCUCGUCCACUUCCACUGGGGAAAUUGUCAAGUAUGCUGUCGCCACCAGCUCUGGUCCAAAGGACAACCGCCAAACGAGCUGGUUCCGUAUCGCUAGCUUCGUGCCGGACGGCCCUUCCAGAGCCUAUCUCUUGGGAUUGCCCAAAGGUUCCCUCGUUCUCGUGGAAGGCGAUGCCACUAUCCGCAAUUAUGAAGACACCGAGGGCAAGAGACAUUCGACCCUGAGCAUCGUCCAGAGAAACAUCGAGGUCCUGAAGCGCGGCACCCCUAGCGAAGAGCAGUCCGAAUAG